AUGCCGUAUAUUCAUUUUCAUGAAAGCCUACAACAACGUCUCGUAAGAGAUCCAAGCCUAACAGUAGAAAAGGCAAUCGAGAGCUGCAGAGCAGCAGAAAUGAGUAAAAUACAGCAAAAGUCUUUAAAACCAAGGCUAAGUAAGAUCAAAGUGAGACAACAAAAGAAGAAAGAAGAUUCCCAGCAGUCCUACGAUUGCAAGAAAUGUGGAAGUCAUCACAAAAGAGCAAGCUGCCCAGCGUUUGGAAAUGUGUGGAAGAAUGAAUCACUUUGCAAUAGGAUGCUUAAGCACCACGUCAAGACUCAGGAAUUAGAUACAGAAGCUAAUUGUAACAUAAUUCCUUGGACAAUAUUUAAAAAUUUAGAAUUUAAGAAACAGCCACACUGGAUUUCUACAUUAACUAUUGUAGUGAGCUACACCAAUGAUAAAUUUGACGUUGAGAGCAUGCCCAUAUUAGGACUAAAUACGUGCGUUAAAUUAAAAUUAAUUAAGAAAGAAGACAUAGAUAUAAGGGUUUGUAACACAAUAACAGAAGAAAUUAAUAUGUCAAAACAGGAGUUUAUAGCUGCUAAUGAGAAAAUAUUUCAGGGAUUAGGGUCCUAUCCUUACAAGUAUGAAAUAAAAUUAAAAGAGCACGCAGUGCCGGUGGUCAGCCCUUGUAGAAGAGUAUCCUUCAGUAUAAAGGAUAGAUUAAAAAGCACUUUAGAUAGUUUAGAAGGAGCAGGGAUAAUAAAAAAGGUGAAUUAUACUACAGAUUGGGUCAAUAAUAUGGUCAUAAUAGAAAAACCAAACAAAACAUUAAGAAUUUGUUUGGAUCCAAGGCAACAUAAUAAGAGCAUAAAACCGGAAAAAUUUCCAAUACCCACGGCUGAUGAAUUGUGCAAUAGGUUGGCAGGUAAAGAAGUUUAUUCAGUGUUGGAUAUGAAAGACGGAUUUGAUCAGGUAAAACUAACAGAAAAGAGUUCAGAGGUAUGUACCUUCAUAACACCUUUUGGUAAAUAUAAGUACACAAGACUGUCAUUUGACUUGUCAACCGCGCCGAAGGUAUUCCAAAGAGUGAACACUAUAAUAUUUGGUGACAUAGAAGAUGUAGGUAUCUAUUUUGAUGACCUUAUUAUUGUUGCUAAGAAUGGAAAAGAUCAUGACAAGAUUAUGCAGUUAGUUUUGGAAAGAGCUAAUAAAUACAAUGUUAGAUUCAAUAAGAAUAAACUUCAAUAUAAGACUAACGAAGUUAAAUAUUUAGGAUUUAUAUUUAAUAAAGAUGGAGUAAAACCGGAUCGAUCUCAUGUAGAAGCAAUACUGAAACUAAAACAACCUACUAAUAAAAAGGAGUUGUUGAGGAUAUUGGAUCUGCUGUCAAGAUCACAUCUGAAUAAAGAUGAGACCGAAGUCGCAAACAACACUGAUAAUGAAAUUGUACACUCCUUAAACACCUAUGUAGCAAUGAGUCAGUCGAGGGUUGCGGAGUUUCAAAAAGCUACCGCUAAUGAUACAAAACUAAAACAAAUAAUCAAUUACUCUUUAAAUGACUGGCCACAGGCUAGAUCUACCUCAGGAUGUGAUAAAUCGUAUCAUAUUAAAAAAUCUCCAAACAGUGUCGUUCACAUGUACAACGAAUAUGACAGUGAAGAAGAGUCCUUGUCAAGCAGUGACAGCGUUACCGUCAGACCGUCUGGAGUGAAUGAGGGGAGAGCACUGGUAACUACCAAAAGUGGUAGAGUCGUGAGAAAACCGUCCAGACCAGGCAUAGCAUAG